CACACACGCAGCGUUCGUGCCGGGGAAGCGGCGGCCGCGGCCUGAGGAGAGCGGUGGGCCCGGCCUUUGAGGAGCUGCGUGUGGUAACGGCGAGGCGGAGCCGAUGUCUUUUCUUGUAAGUAAACCCGAACGGAUUAGGAGGUGGGUGUCUGAGAAGUUCAUUGUUGAGGGCUUAAGAGAGUUUGAGUUGUUUGGAGAGCAGCCUCCGGGUGACUCUCGGAGAAAAACAAAUGAGGCGAGCUCCGAGUCGAUAGCUUCUUCCCCUAAAAGGGACACCAUGAGCAACUUCCUGCCAGACAGCAGCUGCUAUGAGUUGCUCACUAUCAUAGGCAGAGGCUUUGAAGACUUGAUGGUUGUGAACCUGGCCAGGUACAAACCCACAGGAGAAUAUGUCACAGUCAGAAGAGUGAACUUGGAGGCCUGCACCAAUGAGAUGGUCACCUUCUUGCAGGGGGAACUUCAUGUUUCCAAGCUCUUCAACCACCCUAAUAUUGUGCCAUACAAAGCAACUUUCAUAGCUGACAAUGAGCUGUGGGUAGUGACAUCUUUCAUGGCCUAUGGUUCUGCAAAAGAUUUAAUCUGCACCCAUUUUAUGGAUGGGAUGAGUGAACUGGCUAUUGCAUACAUCCUCCAAGGAGUACUGAAAGCACUUGACUACAUCCACCACAUGGGCUAUGUACACAGGAGUGUUAAAGCCAGCCACAUCCUCAUCUCUGUGGAUGGGAAGGUUUUCCUCUCUGGUCUGAGAAGCAACCUCAGUAUGAUCAACCACGGGCAGAGACUCAAAGUUGUUCAUGAUUUUCCCAAAUACAGCAUCAAAGUCCUGCCUUGGCUCAGCCCUGAAGUGCUACAGCAGAAUCUCCAGGGUUAUGAUGCAAAGUCUGACAUUUACAGUGUAGGGAUCACUGCCUGUGAGCUGGCAAAUGGACACGUCCCAUUUAAAGACAUGCCUUCCACCCAGAUGCUCCUGGAAAAGCUGAAUGGAACUGUUCCCUGCCUGCUGGACACCACCACGAUUCCUGCUGAUGAGCUGACCAUGAAAACCUCCCGUUCAGGUGCUAAUUAUGGGAUGAGUGAGAGCAUGGCCAUCAGCAAUGUGAGAGCAGCCAAUGGAGAGCCAACCCUGCACCCUUAUCUCCGGACCUUUUCCACCUAUUUCCAUAACUUUGUGGAGCAGUGCCUCCAGAGGAACCCUGACUUCAGGCCAAGUGCAGGCACUCUGCUCAACCAUCCCUUUUUCAAGCAGAUCAAACGCCGCGCGUCCGAAGCGCUCCCGGAGCUCCUGCGUCCCGUCACCCCCAUCACCAAUUUUGAAGGAACACAGCCCCAGGAUCCCAGUGGAAUUUUUGGGCUGGUGUCAAACCUGGAGCAGUUGGAUGUGGAUGACUGGGAAUUCUAGAACAAAAAAAAAACCCCAAAAACCAACCCAGGGAUGAUAGCUGGUUCUGGAGGAGCUUUCCAGACGUUGUAAUUUAUUGGUUCUGUUCAUAAAAGGUGAUGAAUGUUACAGAAGAGUUUACAGGUCCUUGGGAAGGAUUUUCAGCUGCCUGUUUACUUCAGAAGUAGCCUGGAAACAAAAUGGUCAGGCUGGGGAAGGGAUCAACCCCAAGGAAUUGUGGAGUAUUCCAGAUAUUGUGGUGCCCAGAGCCCCAGUCCUUGCAGCUCAGCACUGGCAGAUCACUCGAGUGGCUUGAGUGAGUCUCUUUAGUCUCUAUUUAUGUUUUUUCUAAAAAUCACUGGCUUCUUCAUCAUAUCACAGUUGAGGGCUGCAUGUCCCUACCCUCUUUGGUUCUUUCUCUUUUAAGGGUGCCUUUGAGUUAAGGGGAGGCAGGCAGCUCUUAGUUUUGGGCAUUCUUUUAGUCACAUUACUGUUACAGCAUUGCCACUGGUGAAGUUUUGAGGGUGGGAGGGGAAAAAAAAGGGAUUAUGUUCUUUAAUCUCUGUUUUGUGAUGGAAAAUGGGAGAUCAAAGACAACCUGACUCCAUUCCAGGCCCACUGGGCAUUCCUCUGCAGCACUGGAUUCUUCUUUAUCAGUUCUGGGGAGAACUGAGGAGAUUUCUUGAUGUUGAAUGCUCCAGACAGGGCAUUCCAGCCUCUCUCCCCAUGGCUCACCACAGCAAGCAGCCCUGUGCCCUGUCCCAGCUUCUUUCUCCCCACAGCAGCUCUGGCUGGGCUGGUUUCACAGCAUGUCACACUCACACCAGCAUCUUCUCAGUGAUUUACUCUGCCACGGAGGAAAACUCAGUUGAUUUUCAUCCUAAAUCCUCUCCCUGAUGACUCCUUUGAUCAUGCACAGAACUGACCUCCAGCCUUUCCAUCACCAUUGCUGUUCUGCCUUCCCUGACUGACUGACAGGUCAAAGUUGGGCUUCUCUCCUGGCUCUCUGAUUCAUAGCUGUGUGACUCUGCCCUGCUCCUGUGGCAGCUCUGUGGUUUUUGUGUUCUGGAGAUGGAUUUAAGGACUUUAGUUUCACCUUUCCAAGGCCCAUGGGUGCUGGAGGUCUCCAGGGAAGCACUGAGAAUCCAGUCCUGUAGGCAGAGGUGAUGGGAGGAGUGGUGCUGGCAACAGGUCCUUGUGUUUAUAAACUUUACUUGAACCCAGAUGAAGUUUGUUACUCUAGUUUUUUGCCAAAAGAAAUAAAAUAUUUCUUAAGUUG